AUGGAUACUAUUAUUGAACAAAGCGAAAUCUAUACUUGCCAACAUAACAAAAUAAAUUUUCUGCUAACCAAAGAAGAACUAAAAUCGUUUAUUGGCAUACUACUUCUGAGUGGUUAUCAUAAGCUUUCCCAUGAGAAUAUGUACUGGGUACAGGCUCCUGAUGUCAGUGUUCCUUUAGUCUUCAAAUCCAUGUCAAGAAAUAGGUUUCAGGAAAUAAAGAGAUUCAUUCAUCUCAAUGACAACUCCAAACUAGACAGAAACGACAAGAUGUACAAACUGAGGUUGUACUUUGAAAUGCUGAAAAAGGAAUUUGGUAAAUUUGGGGUAUUUUCUUCAGAACUCUCAAUUGAUGAAAUGAUGGUACGUUACUAUGGCAAACAUUCAGCUAAAAUGUUUCUGACGAUUGACAACAAACAGGAGCCUUUAGGUGCAAGGGUAAUAAAUGAACUAACCAGCAUGAUUCCAGAAUCAGAGUAUCUGAAUUAUAAGCUUUUCUUUGACAACUUGUUCAACAGUGAUGACACACAGAUCACACUCGGAACGAGUAAAAUGAAUGUUACAGGAACAAUAAGAGAGGUCCGAACUAAUGCAUGUCCUUUGAUUGACCUUGAAAAGAAUGGCAAAAGAAAAGGAAUGAGGAUUCUAUGA